AUGGCUGAUCAGCACGACGACUUUGAAGGAGCUGAUGCUGGUGCAUCUAAGACUUUUCCUCAGCAGUGUUCAGCACUUCGUAAAAAUGGUCAUGUUCUUAUCAAGGGACGCCCGUGCAAAAUAGUGGAAAUGUCUACUUCUAAAACCGGAAAACAUGGACAUGCUAAAGUAAGAAACGCCUUUGUUAUACUGUGAACAAAGAGAACAGAUCAUUUGUUAAGUGCUGGCUUGCAGGGGUAAAACAAUGGAAAACUUUUUAAAUGUAACUCAUCAACAGAGGUGAGCAUGGGGGGAGGUGCCUGUGAGAUCGGUGAAGCCUGAACUGCAGCCAAGUGCAAUGCGUAACCUUGACAACCCUGAAAGUGACAUUCACCAAUGUACUGUCACAUUGCUAACAAGUGGAUCCCAGUUACCAUAGGGGGAGGGGUAGGGAGAAGAAAAACAAUAUGCAAGCACGAGCUAUGACAGGUAACGACACACGGCAAUAAUGGCCUGACCUGAAAGGGAAGGCUGUUAAAAACCGGUGAGCCCCUUUGAUGCAGUAAGGGUGGCCCCCACAUAUCUCCUCCGAGAGACUGCUGGCCAGCCAUGUCCUGAGAAUUUCAUUGAGCCACAUAAAGGCUGGUUUUCACUAGCGACACAGUCAAGAGUCGGAGUCAUAAUCGAAAGUGUAGGACUUUAUGAUCGAGUGAAAACAGCUUUCUGAUUCUUCUGAUUCCACUUACGACUGCGUGGUGGUUUUAUGCAGAUAUAUAUAUAUAUAUAACAUCUGGGCGUUCCAUGGUGUGCUUAGUGAUACUAGCUCUUUGAAUAUAUUUAGAAAAUAAUGAAUCUGGUGCACACCCAGUCAUACAUUUAAAUGCAAUUAUUGGUUUAUCCUCCUCCGAGAGACUGCUGGCCAGCCAUGUCCCGAGUUUAACUUAGCCUAAAUUUCAGUUAGCCACAUAAAGGCUGGUUUUCACCAGUGACACAGUCAGAGUCGGAGUCGUGAUCGGAAGUGUAGGACUUUAUGGUCGAGUGAAAACAGCGUUCUGAUUCGAAUUCUGAUGCUAGCUCUUUGAAUAUAUUUAGAAAAUAAUGAAUGUGGUGCACACCCAGUCAUACAUUUAAAUGCAAUUAUUGGUUUAUCCUUCUGCGUUUGCUCCCGACUCUGACAAUCUAGGUUUCACCAGAUCAUAAGCAGAACAUAAGUGACGGAGUCAUAAGUGGAGUCGGAAGAAAAUGGAAAUGUUCUGAUUCUUCUGACUCUAAUUCCGUUGCACUUCUGACUCCGAUUAUGACUCCAGAUUUUUUAUUUUCACUAGGUCAUAAGCACACUUAUGACUCUGCUUACGACUCCAACUCUGAUUCCGUCGCUAGUGAAAACCAGCCUUAACUGUCACCCCAGAAAGUGGUCAGUGCCCUUAUCUAGAUGGGGUCGCUUACCAGGGACACUACCUACAAGGCGUGGAAGAAUUUUGGUCUUUUGCAAAGCUGGCAAUAAAUGGGAGGUGGUUUCACCCGGAGAUUUUCUUGUAUUUUAAAUGAUGAAAGAAGCAAAUUAGAAAUGUUACUAAAACACAAUCCAACAUGGGACUAUAAAAGUGUGCUUUCCAUAAUUAAAGGUUGGAUGUCUGCCAUUUUUAUUAUUCUUUUACCUUUCUCCUUAAAUUUUUCUGACGAUUCAGCUGUUUACGUCCCCUUUAAACAGGAUUAAUGUGAACCUUAUUUAGAAAAACCGGGCUUGAUGAAAUUUGCGUUGAAAUGCAUUUGAAUACUGUAAAAUGCAUUUGCAACAUUUCCCAUGAAUGUGGGCAACUUUGUCAAAUGAUUAAGAAUGAUUUUCCAACGUUGUUCAACGCAUUGGCUUUUUUUCAACGAUGUUGAUGUUUUCACAGGAGUUGAUUUGGAGUGGAGAAAUCUGUUAUACAAAUAUCGUGGUUUCUAGUCUUAUUUUGAAGAUGAGAAGUGAAGAUGCACCUCUUGAAAAAUGAUGUAUUUCUUUGUGUUUUCAUUUGGUUGCAUGGCAACAUUUGUGUCCUCUGACAUAUCCGGAAAUAUUUCUGUGUAAAUGUCGCUGUUUUUCAAUGGAGUGUGGCCUUUUGUAAUAAAGAUAAUUUCAGCAUUCAAGAGAAGCAUUAAAGAAGUGUGUAGAUGGUCAAUGCACACAGCAAAUUAAGUUUACUACCAUUCCAGGAUUAAGAAGAAGCAAACCUUGCUUUAAGUUUUAUAUUUCAAAAUGUGACCUCACACGCAAAAACUUGACAGACAGUGCAAAGAAAUGAUUUUAAACUGAAACAUUUCGCAAACAUUUGACACGUUUCCUGAAUGCUUCUGAAUGAUUUUCAAACAUGGGAUAACAUUGCCAACGGUUUAAAAUGCUUUGGGAAUGCAUUGAAAUGUGUUGUGAAUGAAAACUGGCUCAGCGCUAUUUCCAUUAAGCCUGGUUUUCCCAAAUAGGGUCACAAAUUAUGUUAAGUGCUUCUAAAAGAAGUUGCAAUAAAAACAGUUCUCUAGAUUGUCCAGAAGUUAUCUAGUAUUCUGUGUAUUCAAAGGCUCUAAGAAGUGAGUUCAGCACAGAAUUGGCCUGAAACAGCAAUAUCCUUGUGACAUCGUCACUUUAAAGGACAGUACACACAAGGCGACAAGUUGUAGCCACAUGUCACAGCGACACAUCACAGCAACAAAUCACUUUGUGUAUACUGGUGUAUUUUUGUGAAACUCUUUGUCACUGCAACAGAAUUUUGUCACUGUAACAGGUCACUCAAAUUCAGUCUGAGUUGAUUUUUUGCAACUUGUGUAGCAACAAAGAGACAAAGGUUUUCACAAAAAUUCUCCAGCUCAUAUGAAGCGAUUUGUCACUGCGAUAUGUUGCUACAACUACUCGCCCAACCUGUACACAAGGGAUGAUCUGUCGCCUUUAUGUGUUUUUGACACUUGUUGCCUAGUGAGUUCCUACCUUAUGAGACGGUGACUGCUCAAUGCAGGUUCUGUUGUGCUCACAUAUAUUCAUUUCAUUUAAAGGUUCAUCUGGUAGGGAUAGACAUUUUUACUAAUAAGAAGUACGAGGAUAUCUGUCCAUCGACUCACAAUAUGGAUGUGCCACAUGUGUCGCGCAAGGACUACCAGGUAUGUGUGUGUUUACACCAAGAAUUACACACAACAAACUUAUUCUGGACGUUAAUCCUUUUUUAUAUAUAUACUGUAACCGUAAUUGCUGGUUUUCACAUGACGUCAUCAAAAUUCAAACUAAAGAAUUAUUGAUCCUUCUGAGUUUUUACUGUCGUGAAGUUUUAGUGUGGGUUAAAAAUUUACAAUUUUUCACUUCAAAACGGUUCUCUGAUUUUGUGAUGGCAUAUGCUUGAAUUUUUAAGAAAUGUAUGGAGAUCAGUGUGGAGAAUAAUAAUUAUUGGUAUGUGGGUCUUGAAGCUUAAAGGGCUGAUACUUAUUUUAAAUUAAGAAUUCAUAAGCUCGUAUUCGAUCAUAACCUUUAAUUUUGAAUAGGUGAUCCUUACCUUCUAGCACUUGCUUACUCAAACAAGCAUCUCAAAUGUAGCGUGUAUCCAAGUAUUUUGCUUAAAACGAAUCGCUGUUGUCAUUAUAGCCUUUAAUCUUGGAAAUUAACACAACUUUUAUCACUGCUUUAUCUUCCAUCAGUUGAUAAAAAGGAGUAACAAAAAUUCUGUAGCUACUGAUUACAGAUGUUGAACCCUGGAGUUGCUAAUUUUUAGAAAAUGAACUUCAUAGUGCACGGCAGCGGGAAUUGGGUAUAUCAUUUCAAGUAUUUCAUAUUGCAUCGCUUCUGUAUUUUCUAAACAAUGAGUUUCUGACAGUUUUAACUUUCAGUAAGUUAAAAUUUCUGUUAAGUUGACGAGCCCACCCUCAGACAAGAGAAAUUUUACCUCAAACCCAAGCAAUAAAGCCAAAAAGUGGACUAAAUUGAUGAAUUCACACCCAAACACACAGAAAUACAACAAAGAAAAAUCUUCUUUACUUAAUUCAUUGAUCAAAAGGUAAAAUAUAACAAUAUUUAUAAAUUGUUCACAGUGCUCAGUAUUCCAUUUCUCAUACAACCUCCCAUUUAUUGCUUGUAACAUGAUACCAACUUGCUCACGCCAGCAGAAAAAUUUACAGUUCAACCUGCAUCAAGCGGCCACCCUUAAAUAAUUGGCCAGUAAACAAAGUCCCGAAACAAUAGUAGAAAAAUCAGGGUUGUCACUAAGAUUUCAAGUUGCCGGGUAAAUACAACAAGUAGACGGGGAAUCAAAUGGCUAAGGACUUCUUUUGGUUCUAUUUUUCUUCAAUUUUCCAAUAAAAGUAGCCGGGGGCCACUCUCUUAGUAGCCGGGGAAAAUCCCCGGGCCCCGGCUCUUAAUGACAACCCUGAAAAAUAAUUGUAAAUUAAACCGCGGACACAGUCACCUUUUGGCCAUCCUGGCGAGAGUUAUCCUGUUAUGUUUCACCUCUAGUUUAAGUGCUUGAUACACUUAGUUUGGUUUUGUUUUGAAAAUGAUUUGCUGAAGGAAAAUACAGUCAGAGACAGUAUAAGGUGUUGACUGACCGCGGACCAGUAAUGUAUCGCUUACAGACUUUGCUGCCUUAUUAUGAGUUUGUUUAUAUUUUCAAGGCUGCUGCCUAAGAAAAGUUUUUGGGAUUCAGGCUCCUAAGAUAGAAACUUGGCAGCCCGUGCCACCUUUCUAGGAGCCCAUUGUUCAAUAAACUUAAAUAUAGGUAAGCAGAUUCUCGAAACUUGAUUCCCGCAUCUCGAAACUUGAUUCAUUUGAGUUUUGAAUUUCCAGAAAAGUGCUUGUUUGUUUACUGUUAUCAGCAGAGAUAUUUUGCCGACAGUCAAUGAACACUUAUUUACAUUUUCAUUUCAAAAGCGCACUGAAAGUGAAGGCGUCCAUGUGGGAUCCUUGUUUGAAAUUUUAGUCGCCUGCAAGCAAACAGUUGGAGCCUCUGGUGACUGAGCAUCUGUUAGGCAGCAGCCUUGAUGUUUAUGCCUGCUGGCUACUUCAGUUAUUAUUGAAACCCCCGGGAAUAACCUUGAGUAAGGAAAAUUAUUUUCAGCUCAUUCUGCUAAGUGAGAUGCUGUACAAUGCAUUUAUGUAAUAUCCAAGAUGCCAUUUAGUGUGUUGGCAUGAUUAGUUUUUAUGGGCCCAAGAUUGUUUGACUCUAAUAACUUUUCACCAUGCAAAGAUUGUCAUAUCCGAUAGCCUGGGGCUAGUGGAUUUUUCCAUCAAGCAAAGUGAAUUUUGUUCUUGGCUUGCCUAAUGGACAAGGGAAGUCUUAGGGGGAAUUCACAUUACACAAGUAUGUGUACUUGAAAAAUUGUGCUUGUCCAAUUUGGAAAUAAUUGAAUUCAUAAAAUUCCUUUGACAGCCAAAUUGGACUUGGUUCAGUUUAGUUCAGUUUAUUCACACUUGUAUAUAAUAUUAACACUGUAUAUAGUAACGUAGGAAUUAAAUAACAAAAAAGAGAAAAAAGAAAAGAAUGAAAUUAAUGGCUUUGAUAGAAGUGUAUGGUGGUCUGAGGAGCUUCGCUUUUGAGCUAACCUAUAGUGCUAUCCUCCGAAUUUUUAUCAUCCAAUUAUUUCCAAAUUGUACAGCAUGUAGUCCUGUCACAUUUAAUAAUUAUCCCACGAGUGUGCACUGGAUAUGACUUGGCUAUAAUCAUCUCAUAUCCAACAAGCGCAAGUGGAAUAAUUGUUCUAUUAAAAACGCCCACAAAAUAUCGAGAAUUCUUCCAGACUUUAUUUGUUAAAACAACCGAUUCUCAGCUUGUUUUUAAUUUUGAGCAGAUGUGUACAGUUACCAUAAUAUUUGGAGACUGUCGGUCGUAUAAUGGGUCAUACCAUGAUGGCUAAGCCAAUCAGAGCUCUAGAAUUGCAUUAUCCAAUGAUUACGUUUUAAAUAAAUACAUAUAGUAAUCAAUACUAAUUAAUUAAUUAUCCUGCUUGUCAAAGCAUUGUUAGAGCUAGGCAAAAUGACUUGCUUUCAUGGGUAAGCUGUAAAACUGAUUUUCUUGGCGCCUUUGUUUCAUAUUCGCUUUUGCUCUUGUCUCUUUUUUCCUCUUUUAUGUAGAUGACUAACAUUGAUGAUGGCUAUCUAGCCCUCAUGGAUGACAAUGGUGAUACUCGCGAGGACUUGAAACUGCCCGAGGGGGAUCUGGGUAAAGAAAUCCAAACUAAAUUUNUUUGCUCUUGUCUUUUUUUUCCUCUUUUAUGUAGAUGACUAACAUUGAUGAUGGCUAUCUAGCCCUCAUGGAUGACAAUGGUGAUACUCGCGAGGACUUGAAACUGCCCGAGGGGGAUCUGGGUAAAGAAAUCCAAACUAAAUUUGACAAUGAUGAGGCAUUUUUGGUGACUGUGCUGAAAGCCAUGGACGAGGAAGCAGUUAUAGCAACAAAGGCACAACAAUCCAAAUAG